AUGCAUGUUGGGCAUAAGCUGGUUCAUAAUUCACAUUCUAAGAGUAUUUCUUCAGAGAAAGUUGCCAAACUUCACCAAGCUAUAUUUGGUAAACAUUCCAUUUCAUCGAGUACGCCUAAUAAACAACCAACUAAGCUUGAAGUUCAGAGACCCACGGCCUCCAAUGACUUGUCUGAACUUGGAGAAAUGUUCCAUCUCACUCCAAAAAUCUCCAUCAACCCCUCCAAUCAUUUGGACAUAGAUAAUUCACAUGAUGAUAUAAUCAAGUUUAAUCCUGUUUAUUCACCAAAAUCCGUCAUAAGCUUGAAGAAGAAUGGCCAAUCUAGCUAUGGGAUUUUGCUUCGUCGUGGAUUAUUGACCCACCGUUUGUGUAUUUUUGACAAUGGAAUAAUUCUGGAAGAUCGUACUGAAGUUCUUCUAACAGAAUGUGACAGGCAGAAUUCUUCAAAUUGUUUCCUACCGGGUGAUUACCUUGUUGCUGUUGGCGAUGAACUUGUGAAUUCAAUGGCUCGGAAUGAAGUAGUUCAGCUGAUUCGUUGCUGUGGUCAUAGUCUGUGCUUGACUGUCCAACUUCUUCCCGAAUUUCUUGAAUUUUACUUUCGUUUAGUCUUUGCUCACAGUUCUGACUCCCCAAAUAUAAAAACAAGUCCAAAAUAUGUACAGGGUGAUUCCCGAUGCAUUAUUCUCGUCUCUGUGAGGAAUUAUGUUGUUAAAUAUGGAAGCUUCAAGAAUUUGUACAUACACUUGCAACAGUUUCAGUUAAACUCUGA